AUGCUUCGCCGCCUCCUCAUCACUGGCCAGCGCCCUUUCUGCUCGGCCGCCGGCGCUACCGAGUACCUCACCGGCGUCCGCUACCUCCAGCAGAAGGACGAGAGCGCGAUCAAGCUCGCGGUUGCUGAGUGGACGUCGGCGGCAGCCAAGGGGCACACCAAGGCGCAGAGCGCGCUGGCUCAUCUCUACCUGACGGGCCAUGGCGUCGAGAAGGACUUGAGUCUGGCGGCCAAGUUCCUACAUCAAGCAGCGGAGGGUGGUCACGCCAACUGCCGCCACCAGAUCGGCCGCAUGUACUUGCAUGGGCUGCACGUGCAGGCGAACGAAGCCGUUGCCUUCGAGUGGUGGACCAAGGCUGCGGACCAGGACCACAUGGCCGCUCAAUUCGACCUCGCGUACAUGUACGACAAUGGUGUGCACGUACCGCAGGACAAGGAAAAAGCAUUCGAGCUCUACUCGCGCGCAGCCAAGCAAGGCAUGCCCGAGGCGCUGCGCAUGGUCGGGAAGGCAUAUCUGCAUGGCCACGGCACAGACACCAACCCGACGCGCGCCUUCAAGAUGUUCCAGAAGGCGGCCGAUAUGGGCCACAGCCUCUCACGGUUCGAGCUUGGCGCGUGCUAUAUGCUCGGGCGCGGCGUCGAGGCUGACGUCGCGAAGGCUGCCUCGUGCUUCUUCCUCGCGGCCGAAGCCGACAUCCCGGAAGCCCAGCUCUGCAUGGCGCAGCUCUACGAACGCGGCGACGGCGUCGAGAAGGAUUUGGUGAAAGCCAAAGAGUACUACGAGAUGGCUGCCAAGCACAAGCUUCCCGAAGCCGAGCAAAAGUUGGCCUCGUGGGCGCACUAA